AUGGCGCACGCGGGGACGAGGGUGGUGAGGGUGGUGAGGGAGGUGGAUGCGCGGAGGUUGGGCGCGCACCUUAGAGCUGGGGCGUUUGAGCGGGAGAGGAGGGGGCGCGAUGAAGGGAACGGAAGGGGUGCUUACUGGGGUACGUGGGAACGCCGUCGGGCUCGGGUGGUCGAGGGGACGGGGGAACAGGUCGAGGGCGGCACGGAGGAUGACAAGGCCGAGGCGGAUGAGGUCGAGGGCGGCGUGGAUGAGGGCGACGCGCAGGCGCGCAGGGAGGUGGGGAGCGCGGGAGAGGACGAGGUGGAGGGCCGGGACGAGGUUGGGGAGGUGGAGGGCGACCUGAACGGAGGCGGGCGAGGGAGAACCGCCUGGGGCGAGCGAUAUGACGGGGUGCCGAUGCGGCGAGGGUGUCCGAGGAGUAGGUCAAGGUGGGUGCGGAGAACUAGAGCGGAGCCCGAGCCCAAGCGCGGACGUCGACGCAGACGGCGGGAGGCCGUAGCCCGACGCACGCCGGGAUGCACGAGCUCGCUCGCGCCCAACGCGGACGUGGACGUGUCGAGUGGUGCCUGGGAGAGCGGCUGGCGCAUGGGCGACAUACGUGGAGAGGCGGGCGACGCAGAGGCAAAGGAGGCCGGUGCAGAGGAGAACGGCGCGGAGAUUCGAGACGACGUGGACACGGAGGACGCGGAGGAGGAGGAGGGCAGCGGAGGCGAAGGCGGGCUAGGUGGACAUCCCGGCACGAACGAGCUGGACAUGCAGGAGAGCGGAGGGGGACGUCUGGGUGGACGUCCUCCGCAUGCCGUAGGUGUCGACGCGGAGGAGCGCAGCGCAGGCGAGGCGGAGGGCGGUGAGGAGGUGGACGACAGGAGGUGGUGGGCGACGAGGAAGGCCGCGACGCGGGCAGAGGUGGACAACGCGGACACGGAGGGGGCGGAGGUCGAGGUGUGCGACAUGGACGCGGAGGUUAAGGGCCAGGUGGAGGCAGGGGCGAGGACGGGCGGCGAAGGAUGGGAAGGGGGCUGGGAGACGGGUUGCGCCAGGAGAGGACCCGCACACCAAGUGCCGUCUCGGGGUGUCCCACGGGAUCUCUACGCCAUCCUGUCGACCUUCAUCUUUCACUCCUUGGUCGCCUUCCACCUGAAUUACGUGACCGCAAAGUCGUGA